GCUCUCGGUGGUCAGUCCUACGCAGCCCUUAUCACAGAAGUAUUUAUUUACCAUUCUUUCUUUGCAGGCCAAUAGCCUACACGGGAGUGAGACCGAAUAACACGCGCAUGCCGAUCCUGCAGGAGAGGCUGAAGGACGUCCUGCUUUGAUGUAGGGGACCUUCAGAGGCACAGAUUUCACCACACCAUGUCUGAGUGUGGGCUGUUCUCCAACCGAGACGCAGAACCUGUUGCCGUCGGGAAGUCGCAGUAGCACAGCCGCAUCGCGCCGGGUGCCGGUGACAGCUUGCAGUGGGCGGUAUGUCUGUCCGUCAGAAUGGCUGUGACUCAAACGCGGGGGCAGAGGAUGAAGGACUUGCUCCCCUCGAGGUGAUGCAGCGGAGCCUCCCGGGGCUGAGCAGCGACAGGCGGAGCUGCGAGGGGUCUGCUGAGAGCGGCUGUACCUCAGCACCCAGCGGUUCCUGGGGGGAGUUUGAAGGCUUCAGGGAGCCCUUGGGCAAAUGGGAGAGAUUCCGUCACGGUGCUGACAUUUUGCUGAAGUCAGCAAACACUUCCCAAAGUGGUACAGAGUGGAGCAGAGGACAUUGCAGUGCUGCUGCCCAUCGCUUCCGUUCUGAGCCAUCUCUGCACAGUGCGAUACAGGAGGCUUCCAGCUCUCUGAAUGAGGCAGACCACUGCUAUGAGGGUAUAUUUAAGUUGGGCUUUCCAGAAGUCUUUGUAUCACAGUCCAGCGAGAGCAUAAGAAGCCUGGAUCAAGUGCUUGAUGUGAAUAAUGAAGAUGUUGGGAUUCCUGAACUUACGAAUAAUCAACUUUGCAUCCAUUCUGGAAACAUAUGGAGAACUCUUAGAGACUUAGAUAAUACCACCAGAUUAAGACAUCCCUGGAGUAAAUCUCAUUGCCAAGAAAAUCUUUUGAGUGUUCUUGGAAUAGAUGCAAAUCAAACGGACUUUCCAGAAAGCCAGGAUGACAUCACUGAGGAAUCAAAUGCUAAAGAUAGCGAGGACUUCAGAUUCGAUGGAUUCAGUAUUAAUAACUGCAAAGCAUUGAUCCAGACCAAGCUUUCUGUAUCGCCAGAUUCCAGACAGGAUCAGCUUUUCACCUGUAACCUCUUUUUGAAAACCACAUCAUCAAGUGGGAACAUGCAAUACAUAACAAUCCCAAGGAAGAAGCACAUUUUCGCUACACCCAACCUAAAGAUGAAAUUUUUCAACAGUGAUGUUUGUUGAACCAAAUGCACUUUUUAAUUGUUUUCCUUCUCUUUGAACUGAAUGCAUUUUCUUACUGGCUUAGUACUAGUGACUGCAGAUGUUCAUUAGGAAAGUGCUGCAUAGGAGGUACCUAAAGCCGCAUUAUUAGAAGGAAUUUAUCCCAUCUAGUUGUGAAGUCAAAGGUGUAAUUUUGUCCUGCGAGGUUUUGCUGCUGAUUCAUCUUUCUUACCUUAAAUCCAGCUGCAAUCACACUUUAAAGAUCCUCUGAUGGACUGCUCUUUGGAACUACUGAACUGGCCUUUCAGGCCUUAAUGCCCCUGAUGAAAAACCUGGUUUCCCUGCCAAAACCUGAACACACCUCAAGUGCGUAGCGAAGCGGCACCAUCUCUUCUAUUUGGACCAGUCUGAGUCAGCCGAGAUCUGCUACUUUGCUGCUGCGGGAUGAAAUGAGCCUUCUGUAACCUUCUGCUUUUGUUGGGGUUUAGGAAGGUAGAACUUCACUGUGUGAGAGCCUGCUGUGGUAGUAUGGGUAGAGUCAGUGGCGUGAUCGGAUUCAAAACGUUUUGUCCUGGUGUUGGUUUCUAACUGAAAUAAAUCACAUCUCUGAA